AAGCAAAUGUUAUAGCUCACUAGUGAAACAUGGGAACUACACAGUUGAAAAAACAAGGGAAAAUCUUUACACAAUUCCAUGACAAUGCAAUAUUCUUACAAUCAAGAAUAUGUUCUUUCAUAAGAAAAAGGGAAUACCACAAGCAUUGAAGCAAACCCAUCAUCCCAAAACAGAGAAAGUGGGGAAGAAAACACACACAAAAACAAAAAGGAAAAGAGAACACCAUUAUGAGAAAAAGCAACUAGGAGGAUGGAGGCAACUUCCAACCGGAAAGAAAAAGAUGCCCAAAACAAAACCGUGUGCGUCAAUAAUUCUCCAUUGACUUGCUAGAAAAAAAAAAUAUAUAGGUCUUCCUUCUCCUCCAUAAGCUUUACACUUCUGAGUUCCCCUUUGCUUAAUCUGUCUGCAGCUUCCUCAGUUUAGCCACAAGCUACAGAUCCGGUACCAAUCUUGUGCUUCUUUGCUUUGCCUUCAGCUCCACUUAUUUUCAACUUCCUCACCUCAUUUUGCCAGUUGAUCUGGAGUUUAGUAUGUUGAAACCUAUUCAAUUUCAACUUGAAAUUUCUCAAAGGUUCCCUACUCUGGUGUAUGAUCUAUGAUCUUUGACACAGAAUGAAUGUUAUAUAUAUAAAAGAGAGCAAAAGAUGGUCAAAUUAUUUGGUUUAGAUCAUAACCCAACAUGAAGCAAAAUAUCAACCAAGUCAGUAGAUAUAUGUAGGAGUACCAAAUUUUGUUUCCUUCAGCCUUUUUCUUUAGCUGAAGCAAACAAUAACUCAAGUACCUCACUUGGUGUCACAUUUCAAAAUUGUUUGUUGUUGUUAAUGAAAUGGAAUUAUAGCUGAUCGAUUUACCUUUGUUAAUUAUUUUCUAAUCUGUUAUGGUUAUUGUUAUGUGUUUGUUCGGAUUCGCUUCCAAUCUUGUGUUUCUUUUGCUUUGCCUUUACACUUCUCACCCUGUUCCUCGCUUAUUCUCAGCUUCUUUAGUUUACGUAUGUCAUCUACUGUUAAGCUUUUUUUUUUUUUCCCUGUGUUGUUGUUGUUGUUGAUGCUAAUCUCUAUCCGUAAUGGUUAUUGUUAUGUGUUUGUUUAGAUCUUCGUCCGGCUCCAUUCUUGUACUUCUUUGCUUUGCUUCCAGCUCCACUUAUUUUAAACGUCCUUACCUCAUUUUGCCACCUGAUCUGCAGGUAUAUACUACUUUUAUACUACGCCUAUCUGUUUUUCUGAUCUAUUGGAUGUAUGGAAAGGUUUAAUUUCUGGUUGAAUCUCUACUAAACAUAUGCAUACUUGAUUUGUCUUUCACCAUGACAAAAAGUGUUUUUUUCGUUACACAAUAUGACAAAAAUGUGUUAGUUUAGUAUGUUAAACAAUUCAAUUUUAACAAAGUAUUUCUCACGGAUUCCCUAGUCUUGUGUAUGAUGGAUAAUCUUUGAGACAUGCACAAACAAUGUAAUACAUACAAAAGAAACAUAAGAUAAUCAAAUAAUUUGUUUUAGAUAACCCAAUAUGAGGCAACAAAUCCACCAAGUUGGUAAAUAUGUAUAGGAAAGGGGAACAAAGAUUGUUUACUUGUUUAUGUUUUUUUCUUUAUCUGAAGCAAACAAAAACUCAAGUACCUCAACUGGUGUCACAUUUCAGGAAUUUUAUUCAUGACAGAAAUUUCAACACUAAUUCUUGAAUUCAUAAAGUGUGUAGCACCUCCAACACGAAGUUAUGUAGAUAAUCACAGAAACUUCAAAGAAAAUGCAAAAGAUUUGGAAGCCAAAUUGAGCACUCUUAAUUGGAGAAAAGUAGAUAUAGAAACACAACUUCUAACCAAGGUUUGCUUAGAAAAACAGGCCAAAAAAGAAGUGGAGAAAUAUUCCCUCUUUCACACCCAAAAAGUUUCAUCAUGUAUUACCACAAAAAAAAAAAAAAAGUUUCAUCAUCAAUAAUUUUUUAAUAUCCAGUCUCCGAUACAAUUUUUGUUUUAUACAGUCCAUCAUUUAUUUAU